AAAUUACAGUCAGUAGUUCUUGUGCUAUGACAGCAAUUCCUGUAGAACAAGAAAUUCUAAAUAAUGCACUAGCACAAAAACGGGCAGCUUGUUCUAUAGAGGCUGCCAAAACAAAACUCAAAGAGCUAGAACAAAAUUUUGAUAAUGAAAAAGAACAAGAUUUUAAUAAAUCUACUAAUACUUCCGUUCCGUGGUUCUGGAUAGAAAAACAUUGUAGUUUAUGUCAAUAUUCAAUUGAUAUUAAAUAUUGCACCAAUUUGAGUUGCUAUGGAUCUACCAGAGCACAAGAAGCUAUGGAUUUUCUUCAACCCUUUGAUGGGUUUCUUUCUCCCGUUACCAAAGCCCGAGAUGGUCACUAUAUUAAUCCUGUUCACCUUCUCCAAUAUUCUGAGCGAUUUAAAGUUCCCGAUUAUGAUGAACAUUGUCCAUCCAUUAACCAAACAAUAAAAACUAGAAAAGAACCAGAAAUUUCAGAAUCAGUUGCAGAAUUUGUUAUAAUUUCAAAUUCUGCAACUAUGGAAGAUUUGGACCUAUUACUCUUGCAACAAAAUGAAAAUUAUUUGGAUGAAUGUAGGGAAUGCUGGA